UUAGAGAACGACCGGCUAGGUGAGUAUCCCUCUCUCUCUAUCUCUCUCGAGUGUACGUCUGCUAACGGUGCGAUGGCAGAUAUGCAGCAUGCAGUCUUCCUCAGGUCGCUGGAUGGCAGGCUGUGCCUAUGUCCAAUCAAGCAAGAUAUCCAGAAUGUGCUGGACGUUGGUAUGUGCCGUCCAAAUCAUCAAACUGUUAGAGAGGGCUUCGAGGUGUAUAUUAACAGCCAGCAUAUAGGCACUGGAACCGGCGUCUGGGCCCUUGACUUUGUAUAUACAUACAUACAUACAUACCUUAUCCCCGGCUUUUCUGCAUCAACUCACCUCUUUCUAGAUCAUCGGUACAGACCUGUCACCGAUCCAACCGAGUCUGUAUGUGAUUACUCCAUCGUCUGUCUCUGUGGUGGGGUCCCUCCAAACCUCAGCUUCCUGAUAGACGAUGUAGAAGCAGAGUGGCAGUUCCAUCAAAAAUUCGACCUGGUCCACGGCCGGAUGAUGACCGGCUCCCUCAAGGACUGGGACCGCUUCUAUACCCAAUGCUACGAUAACAUUACCCCAGGCGGAUAUGUUGAGAUGCAAGAUAUCUGCCUCCCGCUCAAGGCCGACGACGGCACACUAACGGCAGACCACGCCCUGGACAAAUGGUCGCGGCUAUGUCUGGAAGCCUGCGAGAAGCUCGAGAGGCCGCUUGACGUGGCGAAGAGCCACAAGAGCCGCAUGGAGGCAGCUGGCUUCGUGGACGUGGUGGAGGUAGUGCACAAAUGGCCGCAGAACUCAUGGGCAAAGGACCCCAAGCUGAAGGAGAUUGGCAACUGGACGAUGACGAACAUGCUGGAGGGUCUGCAGGCGCUGACCAUAGGGCCGUUUACGAGGGGACUGGGCUGGAGUUUGGAGCAGGUCGAGGCGUUUUUGAUAGACGUGCGGAAUGACGUCAAGAACAGGAAAUUGCAUGUUUACUGGCCGAUGUAA